AUGUAUUUGGUCACAGUGAUUGGAAACCUGCUCAUAAUUUUGGCCAUUGGCUUUGACUCUCACCUCCAUACCCCCAUGUACUUCUUCCUUUCCAACUUAUCCUUUAUAGAUCUCUGUGUGAUAUCUACCACAGUCCCCAAUAUGUUGGUAAGUAUCUUGAGAGAAAACAGGACCAUCACCUAUGCUGACUGUCUUGCUCAGAUGUAUUUCUUUAUGGUUUUUGGUUUGUUGGACAAUUUCCUUCUUACUGCAAUGGCUUAUGACCGUUUUGUAGCUAUCUGUCAUCCUCUUCGCUAUUCAGUCAUCAUGAACCCUGGGCUGUGUGGCCUGUUGGUGUUGCUUUCCUGGCUCUCUGUUGUUUCCUUAUAUUAUGGCACAGGACUUGGAGUGUAUUUGAGCUCUUCAGCUACCCACUCUUCCUGGAAGAGCACAGUUGCCUCAGCAAUGUAUGCUGUGGUCACCCCCAUGUUGAAUCCAUUCAUCUAUACACUAAGGAAUAAGGACAUAAAAAAUGCCCUUAGGAAGCUAAUUAGAAGAACAGUUUCCUCUCAAUAA